AUGGAUAUUUCACCACGAAAUUCUGCAAGCGAUUCUCAAAGAGACGAAGAUCCACUUCCACUAAUUAUCUUCAUAAUUUCUGUUUGGACAACUAUUUUUGCAUUUCAAAGACGAACUCCAGAUUCAGAAAUGCAAUUAGUCACUAUUUUGAUUAUAUUGAUUGCAGUUGUUUCGUAAGUUUUAUGAACUUUUAUGAAAGCAAAACAAUCCAUAAAUUUUUUUAGACAUCCUCGGAAUAUUCGACAAAUUCCACGUGACGUACUUGAUUGUUUGGAAAGAACUAUUGAAGGAUUCAUUAUGUUGCUCAGAUUAGUUUUUAUGUCGAGAAAUCAAGAAGAAUUACUAUCUGAUGAAGAUGAAUUGAUUGAUAUUUUGUAG